CAAUCCAGGAUAUUAUUUUUAGCUGUCGCUAUACAACUGCACUUCCCAAUCCCCGAGACAUAGCCCUUACACUUCUGCAACAACAUACUCCUCUUCUCCAACUCCCUACCUUACCAUUCCAAUACCAAAACACCUUCGCCUAUUACCUUAAUGAACCUCAAACCUUUAGUUUUGAAGAACUAGGAAACUUUAGUCAAUUCUUUAGAAAUUUAGAAAGUCCUAUCUUGCAAGCCACCUCUACAGACAACAGUGUUCACAUAACUGCUUUAUUAGAAGACACUCAUCACUUCUACGAACCAGAAGAUAGCCUUCUCCUAUAUAGUGAAGAAGUCACUUACCAAACCCCACUAGAAACUAAUGAUACUCCCUCUUGGAUUAUUCAUCUUGACCAAGAAAAUAUUCUUGAACCUAGGAAUUCUAGUAACGAAGGACCAGACUCAGACUACGAAUUAAAUAUUGACUUAGCUGACCUUGUCUACACUGCCCCACCUUCUCCACCUCCU